GGGCAUAAAAUGGUAGAGAUUCCAAGAAGGUUAAAUAGAUUCGCUGCGGCUUUUGACGUCGAGGCGGCGCGUGCACUUCAGCCAUGCGAGAGCAGCAGUGGGAGCGAUCAUUUUCCUGAUGAGACAGCCGAUCUUUGGGAUCUGGUCGAGUCUUUUAUGGACAGGGAAGUGAGAGCUUUACCAGAGGAUGUUCCUGAGGAAGAAAACGAUGAUAAGUCAAACGAUGAUUAUGAAGAUGUGAAGGAGAGGUUAUGGGAGAUUCGUGAGAAUCUCAGUGGCGGCAGAGAGCGGAGGAGAAUAGUUGAGGAGAUAGUAAAUGCAAGUGAGUUUGUGGGAGAGAAACGCCUCUUGAUGGUUUACUUACGUAACAAAGGUUUUGAUGCAGGUCUUUGCAAGUCCAAGUGGGAGAGAUUUGGUAAGAACACAGCCGGGAAGUACGAGUACGUUGACGUUAAUCGAGAAGAUAAGAACCGCUUUAUCGUCGAGACAGAUCUUGCCGGAGAAUUCGUGAUUGCUAAGCCUACGACAAGAUACCUCUCUCUCUUAGCUCAACUACCACGUGUCUUUGUGGGAACACCUGAAGAGCUGAAAAAGUUAGUGAGAAUCAUGUGCUCUGAGAUAAGACGGUCGAUGAAGCGAGCUGAGAUUCACGUGCCACCGUGGAGGAGGAACGCUUACAUGCAAGCCAAGUGGUUUGGUCAUUAUAAAAGAACCUCUAAUGAAGUGGUAACUAGGGUUAAGAGCUGUGGCUGUGGACCACGUGUUGGGUUUGAAGGUUUGGUUAAAACGGCGACGCUUAACGGUUAUAAGGAGGUUGAGAGGAAGAGGCAUGGCUUAAAGGUUGGCCAGCUCACGGUGGCUUUUUCAACGGCGAGGGAGUGAGAUUGUAAUUGUGAGUUUUGAAUUAUUUUGUAAAUGUAUAUAAGUUGGUGUAGGGGUCUAUAUAAAUUUGUCUAGUAGAAUAAUAUAUUAGUUGGGCUUUCUCAAUCUCGGCCCGUUAUACAACUGGCCCGGCUCUAUGAAAUUUCAUAAUCAAUUCUUUUAAGACU